CGAGUUUGGCGACCACUAUUUUCUCUGCCAUACGGGCGGCGAGCGGAUCUUUGAGACACAACAACAUGCGCAAGCUGUUUUUUCGCGUUUUGGCGGAAGCAGACGUGCCGUCCAACGUGGAGGCGCCCCUGCAGAGCCUCGGCAUCACCCCACCCGACGACAGCCCCAACAGCCAGCGCAUGGACAUCUACUGCGUGAUCGACGGACAUGACUAUCUCCUCGGUGUCACUAUCACCUACCCCUGCCGACCUGACGCCUCCACUAUCCCUUUUCACCGGACGGUGAACCGGCGCGGCGCGCAGCUGCCUGGUGGGAAAGCAGCAGGACUGGCGGAGAAGGAGAAGAUCGACAAGUAUGGUCCUGCCGCCCGUGCAGCCGGCUUUCGCUUCGUCCCUCUCGCGAAGGAGACAUUCGGCAGAUGGGGAGAGAAGACGAUGGAUUUCCUGAAGAUGCUGGCCAAGAGGAAGCCCCGCCCCACUUCCAUCCCCGCCGAUGAGGACGGAGCUUUCCGCGAGAGUGUCAUCAAACAUUGGAGCCAACUCCUGUCCGUCGAGCUGACGAAGCACAACGCGUUCCAGGUGGCCAGCCGAGCGCAGCGCGCCGCAGCCGCCAGGGGUCCUCGGAGGGCCCACGCCUUCCCAGAAGACUCUGUCAGCCGCGGGCCAUACAGGCCCCACACCAUCCCCGCCUCUGUGCUAUAAGCAGGCGGGCGGGUGCUUUCGUGCAGGGUUGGUGUUUGGGUGUGUGUGUGUGUGUCUCGCGUGUGUGUUUUCGAUGUUUUGCCUUCUUCCGCGUGGCUUGCAAUGGUCUGGUUGAUUGGAACGCUAGUGUCUUUGGUUGAGACGGAU